AUGAGUAACAUUGAUGAAUUUUAUGAAUAUGCAAAAAAUAAUUUUUUAAAUUUUUUAAAUAAAAAUAAUAUAAAUUCUAAAAAUGAAGAAAGAAAUAAAAUUCAAGAAAAUAAAAGUAUAAUUAAAGGGAUAAAUAAGAAAGAUUUAUCUGAUAUAGAAAAUUUAAAAAGCAAAGAAUUAAUUGACAAUGAAAACUAUGAUGAAAAAUAUAAAAAUUUUAUAAUGAAAAAGAAGGAAAAAAAGGAAAAGAAGAAAAAGAAAUUCAGAGAAAAUUCUUACAGUGUAUCGUCUUAUGACGAAAAAAAUGAUUCUAGUAAUAAAAAAAAGAAAAAAAAAAGGAAAUAUGAAGAAUAUAAAAAAAUUCAAAGAGAAAAAGAAAGAAAAAAGAAAAAAAAAAAAGAUAUAGAAAGAGAUAGAUAUAGAGAUAGAGAAAGAGAAAACAAAUCAUAUGUUGAUGAUUCUAUCAGUGAUGAUGAUCAAAAUAACCCUAAAAAUGAAGAUAUAUCUCCCCCUAAUGAUUAUCAGUUUAAAAAUAAUCUUGAAACACAUCUUCCAGAAAAUAGUAAACUAAAAAUAAAAUUAGAAAAAAUAAUAGCUGAAAAAAAAAAUAAUAUGAUGCUAAAAAACUCAUUAAACAAAAACUUAGUUGAUUGCAAAUAUUGCAUUGAUUCCAAUUCAUUUAAUAAAAUAAAUAAAUUAAAUGUAGUUAGUAUUAGUGAUAGGUCAUACAUAUGUUAUUAUAAUUAUAAAAAUAUAUUCUUAAAGGAUCAGUUGUUUAUUUCACCUAUCGAGCAUACAACUAGCAUAACUAAUACUAAUUUUGAAACAGUUAAAGAUAUACGUAAUCACAUGAAAUCAUUAACAGCUAUGUUAGAAGCAAAUAAUCAUACAUGUAUUUUUAUUGAAUUCAAUAAUUGUUUUAAUUCGAGAAUUGAGUUAAUAUCUAUGAGAAAAACUAAACAUACAUAUAUAAAUUGUUACAUAAUACCAAUAGAGCUAUUAGAAAAAGCAAAAAUUUAUUUCAAAAAAAAUUUAGAUGAUAUAAAUUCUUUAUAUAGAGAAAACAAACAGUUAAUUAUUACUGAUAAUAAAUAUGCACCUUAUAAUAUAAUACCUAAAAAAAUUCCAUACGUAUCAAUUAAUUUUUCUCUUGUUGAAACAUAUAUACAAGUCAUUGAAAAUAAUUAUGAUUAUAUAAAUAUGUGUAGAUGCAUUUUUACCGAUCUUUUUAAAAAAGACAAGCUAUAUAAAUAUUUUACUAAUUUUCAGCAAUAUGUAAAUGCAGUAGAACAAUUUAAAAGUUUAUAUGAAAAGUAUGAUUGGACUAAUUACGUAAAUAAAUAA